CCCUGGUGGUAGCACAAUGAGGUGGAACUGCGCAGUCAUCAGCGCCAGCUGUGCCAAGACUCUCCUCAUCAUCCUAAAUGGCUGCUGUAUUCUACUAGCCCUCUCCACUUUCGUGUUCGCGGUUGUGGACACGAGGAUCCUGAAGCAGUAUGGCCGGGAGAACGCCAGCGGGACUUUCACUGGUGACGUCAUCAUCAUCAUCGCCUGCCUGCUGCUCAUCGCUGUGGUGACGAUGGGCACCGUGGGGGCUUUCAAGGAACAUGUCAAGAUGUUGUAUUUGUACAUAGGUUUCCUGAUGCUGAUGGUUGCUCUGGAGGUGCUGAUAUCGAUAUACGUGUCGGUCCAGCGUUACGGCCUACAGUUCCGCGUCAGCGAGUGGCUGAGACAGGAUUUCUUUGGAAACGGCACCGAAUUGAAUCAGGGGAUGUGGGACGAGUUGCAGUUAACUUACGAGUGCUGUGGCCUGAACGGGCCGGAUGACUACUUGGCGAUCCGGCAGCCGAUUCCUCUGUCGUGCUGCCCGCGAGCCUACCGUGCCAGAACUGCUUACGCGCAGGAAAUACUCUAUAACACCUGUAUCAGAUCAAAAAGCUACUACAUGACUGGCUGUGAGGAUCAGCUGUUGGGUUUGCAGCAGUCUGAUGCCGACUGGUUGGUCGGAGUCGCAGUGACGGCAUUCUGGUUUGAGGCCAUUCAGAUGCUGCUGGCGAUGCAUGUGGCGAACAGAGCGAAGAACAACGUACAAGUCUACAAGGCCACUGUUCGAUAUUAAGGAUUUUUCCAUAAAAAUUAUAGACAAUUACCCAAAUUGAUAUUGAUUUCAGUCCUUAGAGGACAAACUAUUGAUUGGUCCCUUCGAAAUCUUUGAGUAUUUGUCAACACUCUGCAAUGUUAACCCAAAAUCAGUGUUAAGUGGGAUAUUAUGGUUAUUUCAGGUGUACCUAUGUAUAUACAAAAAUAUUGUUUAACAUUAAUAAUUGCGAUGAAAUACACUUUAAACGAA